AUGGCGGCGCUGGCAAUGGCGGCGGCGGCGGGGCUGGGCCGGCGGCUGCGGGAACCCCCCCCGCCGCCCCCCCCCUCCCCUCCCCCUCCCCCCCCCCAGGAUUCCGACGACGACUUCGCCCUCGUGCAGCGGCUGCUGCCCCCCACCCGCGUGCCCCUCCCCCCCCCGCACCCCACCUACCCCACCCCCUCCGGCUGGAGCCCCCCGAAAGGGCCCCCCCCGCACCUCCCCUACUUCGUGGCUCGCUCCCGCCUCCACAACUUGCCCGUCUACCCCCGGCUGGUCAAGGGCAACCGGCGCCUGACGCUGCUGCGCCACAUCUGGGGCAACAUCUGGGAAUUGGAGCGAGACCUGCGGGAGGAUUUGGGGGUGACGGACGUGCAGGUGAACGAGGUGACGGGGUGUCUGCGCAUCAGGGGGGGCUGCGAGCACGAGCUGCGGGCGUGGCUGCUGCAGAAGGGCUUCUAGCACCCCAAAAUGUCUGGGGGGGACCCCAAAUGUCUGGGGGGGACCCCAAAUGUACCUGGGGGGCACCAAAAUAGCACCAAAGGACCCUGAAAUAGCCCCCAAAAAGGCUGAAAUUAAGGCGGGAGCCCAAAAUUGAGUGGGGAAGGAAAAAUGGGGGUGAAAGGUGGAGCCCAAAAUUGGGGGGACCCCAAAAUAUCCCAGAGGACCUCAAAAUAUACUGGGGGGGCCCAAAAGAGGCCGAAAUUAAGGCGGGAGCCCAAAAUUGAGGGGGAAAGGAGAAAUGGGGGUGAAGGGGAACCCCAAAAUAUACCAGGGGACCCCCAAAAUAACCCCAAAGGACCCCAAAAUUAACACGGGAGCCCAGAAUUGGGGUAAGACAGUGAAGGAAAAAAUGGGGUGAAAGGGAGACCCCAAAAUUGGGGCCGGAGUUGCUUAUUGAGGGGUGCAGGGGCCCCAAAAUGGGGUUAAAGUGUCUCCGGAGAGGAAGGGGCGCCCCAAAAAAAGAGACGUAAACCUGCCGCGACGUGGUGCGUACCCCAAAACUGGGGUCUAAGCCCCCCCAUGAGUGGAAGGGGCACCCCAAAAUGAGACGUCACCAGGGGGUGUACCCCAAAAAUGGAGAUGCAACCCCCACCUGUCUGGAGCGGAAGAGGAACCCGAAAAGAGAGACAGAAACCUCCCAGGAGCUGGGGUACCCCAAAAACUGAGUCUGACCCCCUCUCGAGCGGAAGGGGCGCCCCGAAAAAGAGACACGAACCUGCUCUGACACCGCGUGUACCCCAAAACCUGAGUCAAACCCCCUCCUGAGCGCAGGACGUGCCCCAAAAAUGACGCAGACCCCGCUCCGACACCGUGUGUACCCAAAACCGGGGUCAAACCCCCUCCUGAGCGGACGACGCACCCCAAAAGCAGCUCCGGCACCGUGUGUACCCCAAAACCAGCAUCACCCCCCACCCCCAAAUAAACGCUGCCGCAUU